AUUAAUCCUGAUAUUUUAUACAUAAAAGUAUAUGAACGUAAUGAUAUAGUUGCUGUUACAGUUGUAUCUAAUAUUGAAGCUGUACAAUUAUAA